AUGGCAGCGACGGAGCGAACAUCCAGACCACGUCUGUCACGAAGCCACCUCAGGAGACAAAGUUGUUUUGAGGAGACUGAAGAGAAUCAAAGCAGUAGUCGUCGAGGCUCGAAUUCAUCGCAGUGUUCGGAAAACUCUGGGGGAUUAUCGAAGCUUUGCGAUGAAACCAGCGCCUUGGCUGGAGCCAUCGGUCCUCAGGGUGUCCUUCCACUACCCCAAUCUAUCAUGGCCUGGCCCCAGGAUAACCAUGCAGGGGCAAGCAAUGUCCUUGUGUCUACAACAACCUCGACAGCAGCAUCCCCACCAUCUCCUGCACGAACGUCCCCUCAAGUGAAGCUGGAUAUGGACAUCCCUGUCCAAAAACAGUACAACCGAUGGCUUGCAGACUUGACUCUCCAGGAUGGGGACAGGAGAGGCGAUGAACGAGGCACUGGACAAGCUGAGCUCUCUAACAAAUUGGAAAAUUUAAUUUUAAUUGAUGUUGAAGAUAAUGAAGGAGGGGAUAAAAGUGAUGCACCGAGUGAUACUAGUCUAGAACCAUGUGAUGCGCGUGGAAAUAGGAUUAGCCGUAAAUCUAACCACUUAGAGAAAGUUAUCAACUUGAAGCAAGAGACGGACGAGGUUCUCAUAAGUGCGUCCGAUGCCAAUAACGUUACUCGUCCAACUAUAACAGAUAUCAACAACGAAACCAAGAAUUCAAGCAAAUCUGUGACAAGGUCGUCAAUUGCAGGAAUUUCUACUGAUCUUAUUCACAGCGACACGCAAGGCGACGUAGAGAUUGAUCGCAUCUUCGAGCCUUUGACAUCCAUCGAAGAAGAUCAAGCUGUCGUCGCUGCCCAAACUUCGAUGACCACGUGUAACAACCAGCUGCAGGCUCCUAACGUAGAGCAAGGCAGUGUUUUAGGUUCUCGACUUCCUCACCCUCGCAGUGUUGAGGAUGGCAAACGUUCGCACAGCAUCGAGACGUCGGUGUCGGAGAGGCGAGGAACCCACAUCGCUAAGCUCAUCACCAGCAAGAAUGGGAACCUGACAGGAGAUAAACCAAUUUAUCCGAACGUGCCCUUCUCCCCAUACGGUUCUCCCUCCUCCUCCCCCAGGCUCAGAAGACGGCCACUCAAAGAAAGUCGGCGCGUCUCAAUUGAGACUAACGGCGAAUACACUCAGCUCAACCAAUACAAACUUAAACAAGCCAUAGGGCAGGGUUCUUACGGCAUCGUUAAACUAGCUUACAACGAAGAAGAUGAAACGCACUACGCCAUGAAGAUCCUCUCGAAGAAGAAGCUGAUGAAGCGACACGGCUGCUUUGUGAAGGGCCGCAUGCCUCCACCCCGGUCCGGAUCCCGGGCAGGUCCCACCCACAGCACCAGCGGACUCAUGACCAACCCCCUGGCGCCGGUCUACCGCGAGAUCGCCAUCCUCAAGAAACUCGCGCACCCCAACGUCGUCAAGCUCGUCGAGGUGCUCGAUGAUCCUGACGAGGAUAACUUCUACAUGGUGUUCGAGCUGCUGGAGAAAGGCGAGGUGAUGGAGGUGCCUACGGACAGCCCUCUCUCCGAGGCCCAGGCGUGGCUCUACAUGCGAGACGUCAUCCUGGGCGUCGAGUAUCAAAAUGGGGCUGCAGACCUCUGGGCUCUUGGCGUGACGUUGUUCACGUUCGUGUACGGACGUCUGCCCUUCCACGACGACAACAUCAUCGUUCUCUACGACAAGAUUCGUAACUCAUCCCUCACAUUCCCCGACACGCCUUUUGUUUCUGAUGAUCUCAAGAACCUCAUCUCCCUUCUUCUCACCAAAGAUCCUGUUCAGAGGCUCACGUUGCCCCAAAUGAAGGUGCAUCCGUGGGUGACAGCGGGCGGCCGCUACCCUCUGCCUUCAGAAGAAGAGAACUGCAAACUUAUCGAAGUGACUGAGGAAGAGGUGUCGACAUGUGUGCGCUCCAUACCAAAGCUGGACACUCUCAUCCUGAUCAAAUGUAUGCUCAAAAACCACAGCUUCCACAACCCAUUUCGUAUGAGUGUCUUAUUGAAGGAACAGUUUUCUCGCACCGGACGGUCACACUCCGCCCCGGGAAGCAACCGCUCGACGCUGAGUCGCUUCUGCCGCCGCUUCAAGAAGUGGAAGCCGCAGAUGGAAGCCUCAUUUGAGGCUCCAGCUUCCCGCAACCUCCCCUACCAUGGUUCCUGUACCACUCCACCCUCCCCUGACCUCUCAUCGUCACGAUCCUCAUCCCCAUGGCCCGCUACUCCCCAGUCAUCGUCACCUAUAGUGUCGUCAUUGGGCUCAGUUUCUUCAUUGGCAUCAUUGACAUCAAACUCCAACUUCCCUGACCUCCUUCUUAAUCCUGAGAUGCCCGGAGAUCCUACGGUGCCCUUCGCUUCUGUCCUGCCCGCCUCCGACUCAGUGCAAGCUGGGGCAGCCAAACCUUCAUCCGAAUUGUUCGUUCCAUCAUACGUGUCUGAUGCUGACGAGUCUUGCCGACGUUGAUACACGGGUCAGGGCCUAUACUUUCAAAAAAAGUUAAGAGAUCGUAAGUUCAUCAA